UUGAGUUUGGACUUUUUAUCAAAAUGCAGUUCGGUGUGCCAAAUAUAAAGUCCAUCACAGUUUCUGUAUAUAUAAGACGGAGAGAAUGAGAGAAGUCUGAAGAAAGUCUAAUUCUGAGAGGAUUCACCACCACCUAUGUGCGAUGAGAUCCAAGAUCACAGGAGUGUGUGUACCAAAUCACAGGAGUAGAAGGACUACGAAAAUGCCAUCAAGUACUACUCAGAGGCCCUGGAACUCAAUCCAACCAAUGCCAUCUACUACAGCAACCGAAGCCUGGCAUACCUACGCACAGAGUGCUAUGGCUAUGCCCUGGCAGAUGCUACAAAGGCCCUGGAGAUCGACAAAAACUACAUUAAGGGAUAUUACCGCCGAGCCACCUCCAACAUGGCACUGGGCAAGUUUAAGGCUGCACUAAAGGACUAUGAGACGGUAGUCAGGGUUCGACCAAAUGACAAGGAUGCAAAGAUGAAGUAUCAGGAAUGUAACAAGAUUGUGAAACAGAAGGCUUUUGAGAGAGCCAUAUCCAGUGAUGAGGCAAAAAAAUCUGUGGUUGAUUCUCUUGACAUCGAAAACAUGACGAUUGAGGAUGACUACGGAGGCCCCCAACUUGAAGACGGAAAGGUCACAUUGAAGUUCAUGAAGGAGAUGAUGGAUUGGUUCAAAGACCAGAAGAAACUGCACAGAAAGUGUGCUUAUCAGAUUUUGGUGCAAGUAAAAGAUCUUCUUUCAAAGCUACCAAGUCUGGUUGAAAUCACAUUAACAGAGACAGAAAAAAUAACUAUUUGUGGUGACACCCAUGGACAGUUCUACGAUCUCCUCAACAUCUUCAAGUUGAACGACCUACCCUCAGAGACCAACCCCUAUCUGUUCAAUGGAGACUUUGUGGAUCGCGGCUCUUUCUCUGUUGAGGUCAUUCUUACCCUCUUUGGCUUCAAGUUGCUCUUCCCCGACAAAUUCCACUUGCUCCGGGGAAACCAUGAGACCGACAACAUGAACCAGAUGUAUGGAUUUGAAGGGGAGGUCAAGGCCAAGUACACAGCCCAGAUGUUCCAGCUGUUCAGCGAGGUCUUCCAGUGGCUGCCUCUGGCUCAGUGUAUCAACAGCAAAAUACUGGUUAUGCAUGGGGGGCUGUUCAGUGAAGAUGGCGUCACACUGGAGGACCUCAGGAAGAUUGAAAGGAACAGACAGCCUCCCGACUCAGGUCCCAUGUGUGACCUCCUCUGGUCAGAUCCACAGCCUCAGAAUGGCCGGUCGGUCAGCAAGAGAGGCGUGAGUUGUCAGUUCGGGCCAGAUGUGACGGAGCGCUUCCUGGAUCAGAACAAGCUCGACUUCAUUGUGCGCAGUCAUGAGGUCAAGGCUGAGGGCUACGAGGUCACUCACUCAGGGAAGUGCAUCACCGUGUUCUCGGCGCCCAACUACUGUGAUCAGAUGGGAAACAAAGGAGCGUAUAUCCACCUCAGGGGAUCAGACCUCAAGCCAGAAUUCCACCAGUUCACUGCUGUGCCUCAUCCGAAUGUCAAGCCCAUGGCAUAUGCCAACUCGCUAAUGCAGAUGGGGAUGAUGUAGAGCCCUCGCUAAUCUGUCUGUGACACUGUCGACCUUCCAUCAGACCCCGAACCAUCCCAGCCACCUCACUCCUUCCAGUGCUCGGACAUGCUCUCAUUCAUGCUUAGCCUAGGGGAUCCCUCUCCCUGACAAAACACCUGCUAGUUGUACACAGAAAACAUGUGGUGUAGAUGAGACAGUUAGGAGAUCACUUGUACCAGCCCAGCCCAGUCCAGAACAGGGCGUGUCCUUUCAUGUGAUAUCUGUUAAAACUGGAAAAAAACUAAAAAAAACAUUUCCAUUGUCCGUUAGCCUUCUCGUGUUCCAUCACAGGAUAAAGAAACCAGAUGAGUUUCCCCGGAGCUGCUUGGUUUUUAAAUAUUUUGACAUACUCAGCAGAUGGGAUCAAACGGUAUGUACCAAAGAUCUGUGAUUAAUAAUGAUUGUUCAGUUAAAACAAGGAGCACCUUGUGACUCUGAAGCCUAGCGUCGUUCUGUAGGCCUGUGUACACGGCUGAGAGCAUUGUUAGCUGGGAUAAGAGCAGCAUGUCUAUCAGUGUUUCUCAAACCAUCCCACAGUAUGUCAGUCAUUAGAAAUCAUGAUUACAUGUAUGACCCCAGUCCAGAAAAGACCCCCACCUGUUGUCUCUGGGUACACUCUUUUUACCAUUAGUGGUGUAUUUAGCUGGUUCAGUCAUGUAGCUGGUAACAUUUCUUUUUGCACUGCUUCCUGUUGAGGAAGAUACUGCUGCUCUCCGUGUUUUCAUCCCUUGACCGUCGUCGUGUCACUCACCCGGCAGCUCCCGCACACACUCUAUUCUCCAAACUCUGCUUUGGUGCAAGGUAAACACUGAUGGCACUUGAUUACAGAUGACUUGGGUGGAUGUCUUCAGUUCACAAACGUCCAAAAUGCAAUCCUGUCUUGAAACGCACAGCUGCAUUGUUCAACGGCCCCCGACUUUUUAGAUAAAGAAAUACACUGACGUGUAUGUAUAUAUUAUGUAUCUUUAAAGAUUCCGUGUAAUGUUUGGAAAAAAAACUAUUGAAUAAAAAAAAAAAAUCCAGUCCUGUGAUUUUAGAAACAA